AUGGCCACAGAGCACAGCCCAGACUCAGGCACCAACUCCCAGAAGCCCCCUGGAGAGGUUAUGACUCCAGGUAGUGGUGCUGAGGGGCCCUCUUUGACCAGGAGAAGGAGCAAGAGGGCAAAGCAUCCCCGAGGGUCUAGGAAGGGCAGCGCUGGGGAGCAAACACCUGUCCAGGACCCUGAGGCCCCAGGGGGCAGCAGAAAACCUUCAAGGACCGAAGAAAAGAAAGAAGAGCCAUCCCCCGGGCCCCCCAGGCCAGCCUCUCACUGCCAGUCCCACCGGCGGCGACGGCGUCAUUCUGACUCCCAGCAGGAUGCUGCUCAGAGGGCAUAUGGGCCCCUGCUCAACCGAAUGUUUGGGAAGGAUCGUGAGCUGGGCCCGGAGGAGCUGGAGGAGUUGCAGGCUGCCUUCGAGGAGUUUGACACUGAUCAGGAUGGCUACAUUGGCUACCGGGAGCUGGGUGACUGCAUGCGGACACUGGGCUACAUGCCCACAGAGAUGGAGCUCCUCGAGGUCUCGCAGCACGUAAAGAUGCGCAUGGGUGGCUUUGUGGAUUUCGAGGAGUUCGUGGAGCUGAUAGGCCCAAAGCUGAGGGAGGAGACAGCACACAUGCUGGGGGUGCGGGAGCUGCGCAUUGCCUUCCGAGAGUUUGACAGGGACAGGGAUGGAAGAAUCACUGUGGCAGAGCUGCGGCAGGCAGCACCAGCUCUGCUGGGGGAACCACUGGAGGGGACCGAGCUCGAUGAGAUGCUCCGAGACAUAGACCUCAAUGGGGAUGGCACCAUAGACUUUGACGAGUUUGUGAUGAUGUUGUCCACCCACUGA